AUGCUGUCAAUUAAAGCGAUCUCGAGCAGCUCUGUUGCGUCUCACUAUUACUCUGAAGCCGACUAUUACGCGAAGGAUGGAAACGAAGACAUCGCGUCUACCUGGCAGGGCAAUGGCGCCAAGAGGCUCGGCCUUGAUGGUGUCGUGGACAGUACCCAAUUCAAGGCAAUGCUCGAUGGCCAGUUGGAUGAUGGGACCCAGGUCGGACGGAGCAACGGCAACGGUGAGCGCGAGCACAAAAAGGGCUGGGACUUCACUUUGUCAGCGCCGAAGUCUGUUUCCGUGUUGGCCCUCGCUGGCGGCGAUAAACGCCUUAUAGCGGCACACAAUGAAGCGGUAUCGACAGCACUCAAACACCUCGAGGCGAACUACAGUAUCACCCGCCAACAGGUGAAUGGGGAAAUCAAAGAGGUACUGACUAAGAACCUCAUUGUCGCGUCUUUUACGCACACCACAUCGCGGGCGAUGGAUCCGCAGCUGCAUACACACAACGUCAUCAUGAAUCUGACACAGCGCCCGGACGGCGAAUGGCGCUCGUUGGAAUCGAGACGUAUGUACGACGCUUCGAAGAAGAUCGGACAGGUUUAUCGGAACGAACUCGCAUCGAAAGUUCUAGCGCUUGGCUACGACAUUGAAGCCGACGCAAGCAAAGGCACAUUCGACAUCUCCGCCGUUCCGGAAGCAGUUCGCAAGGGCUUUUCCAAGCGCCGUACGGAGAUCCUCGCAGCAGCGAAAGAGUACGGUUACCGGACCGCAAAAGGCAUGGAUAACGCGGCGGUUCGGACGCGAAGCGCGAAGCAUCACAGCAAUCAGGAGGCGUUGCUAGGGGCUUGGGCGGACCAACUGAAAAAGCUCGAUUACGAUCCAGAUACUGACAUCAAAGCAGCGCGCAAUCGACACCAAAACGCCGCCGUCGAGCGGUCAACGAAAGCCCAGCAAGCGGCCGAUCUCGAAUUCGCACGAUCACACCUGGCAGAACGCGAAGCGGUAUUUACAGCCGACGAUUUGCAGGAGCAAACACUUCGUGCAAGCCUCGGCAGCAGCACCAUUGGAUCCGUCGAGGAUGCCAUCGCGAAGGAAGUUGAAAUCGGUAAAUUGGUGCCCGCCAGCCUGCGCAAUGGCCGUGUAGACACACCGGCUUACACAACACCAGCGGCGAUUAAGAAAGAACAGUACAUCAUCAGUUUGAUGCAACGCGGCAAGCGCGAUGUGAGCCGUAUCGCGGAGCGCAGUCAAAUCAGCGGGCUCAUUGAAGAACGUGGUUUCACCAAGGGUCAGGCAGCAGCCGUACGUUUGCUGUUGUCCUCGAAAGACCGCGUGGUUGGCGUCCAGGGAUACGCGGGAACCGGUAAAACCUAUAUGCUCUCGGCUGUCAGAGAGGUCGCAGAAGGCAAGGGAUUCAAAGUCACCGGACUUGCACCAACUGGCUCGGCCGCAAAUCUCCUGCAGGAAGAAACCGGCAUUCAAAGUCGGACGUUAGCGAGCCAUCUAUUGUCGCUCAAGAACACGAAGAAGCUCGUGCAAAAUUCUAAGGAAAUUCUGAUUGUCGACGAGUCGUCACUGCAAAAUACGCAGGACGCCGCGGACCUGUUAACGCUCAGUCGACAAACGCGCUCACGCGUAUUUCUGAUCGGCGAUCGACAGCAACUGGGCGCGAUCGAGGCCGGCAAACCCUUCGAUCAAUUGAUUAAGGCCGGUAUGCACUACGCUGAAAUGCGCGACAUCAUGCGGCAAAAGGACAGUCCGGACCUCAAAGCGGCGGUUGAGUCGUCGAUUGAGAAAAAACCUCGAGCCGCACUAGAACACAUCAGCAAGACGGUCUAUGAAAUCAAAGACCGUGACAAACGAAUUCAAUCUAUCGUUGAUCGUGUUCUGGCUCUGCCGGAGAGUGAGCGACAAAAGACACUUGUCCUCAUCCCUGACAAUGAUACGCGCCGCGAAGUGAAUCAAAUGGUGCGUAAAGGUCUACAAGCGAAAGGCUUUGUUGAAAAGGAGGAGCUUAAGCUCAAGGGCCUCACCAACCGAGGCUUGUCUCGCGCUGAGAAAGGACGCGCGAUAUUCUACCGCAAAGGCGACGUCGUCGCGUUCGGCCGUGAGGUCGCCUCAAUGAAAAUUAAAGCCGACAUCCCCUACCGCGUCAAAGAGACGGGAAAAGACGAGUUAACGCUAGAAAGUGAAAACGGCAAACAGAUCCUUUGGAACCCAACGCGGGUGGCCGGGCGCGCGAAAAACGGCGUCGAGGUGUACCGACAGGAAGAUCGAAGUAUUGCGACCGGCGACGAGAUUCGGUGGCGCCGAAAAGACAAGGCAAUCGGCGUGAAUAACACGGAUCUGGGUAAGGUCACAAGCGUCGACGAAAAGACGGGGGACGUCACCAUCGCCUUUAAGCGUGCCGGCGAGAAAACCAUCAACCUACAAAACAAUCGACAUUGGGAGCAUGCCUACGCAACAACGGUGUAUUCCGGGCAAGGGGCUACCUACGAUGAUGGCAUUGUCCUUGCGGAAAGUUGGCGCAGAAAUCUGAUCAAUCAGAAAUCCAUGUAUGUCGCGCUGAGCCGGGCGAAAUUUAGUAGCCAUGUUUAUACGGACGACGUCGAUGACCUUGCCAAAGGUAUUUCACUUCGACCAGGUGAAAAAACGAGUGCGCUGGAAGGCAAGCAUGUGAACUACGCACGAAUUCUCGAUAAGGAUGGGCUGCCCAAGGAUCUGCGUGGGCGCACCGAUCUUGAGAAGCUUAAACCGAUUCUCGAGCGAAUCAUCGACAAGGUACGUAGGGGACCUGAAGUGGAGAUGGACAUAUGA